UCUCGAUAAUAUUUUCAAGAUGGAAAGUAGACCAGUCAUAGAAAUUGAUCUUGCAGACCAAAUGCCUUAUAAUAGUCCUAAAGUAAUUCCAAUUUGAGAUGAUGAUGAUGAGGGAUACGUAAAAAUAUUAGAUUCAGUUCAUAAAAGCCUUUCUCCAUCUGUAAAUGACCUUAAUUUAAGUUAUACAAAUUCAGAGUCCGAAUAUUCUCAAGAUUUAAAAUCGGAGUAUGUUAAUGUCGAAGAUCAUAACAAUCUCAAUAACCAAGUUGAAGACUCUGACAGUACUCAGUCGAUGAAGGACAUUGCCCAAGAGAAAAAUUACUUAAUUGUAGGCUCUCCAUUCGAGUGAGAGCCAAAUUCAGGAAGAAUGACAAAGGAUAGAGCAAACAAUACAGAUGAUUCUUAGGCUUGAAAAUGAGCUAUAUUUUCUCUAGCGCUUGCAAAUUAGAUGAAGAUGAAGUUACAGUCAUGAAGUACACGAAUGAAACUUUAAAGCAGCAACCUUCUGAAGAUUUUACUAAUAUUGAUGAGGAUGAGCCAUUUGCUUGAAUCAAGAAUUUCUCAACUCAAUAUGAGAAAUAUGAGAGAGAAGAGGGAGAGAAGCAUGAAAGACUAAAUACUGAGAUAGACCCUCGACUUUGGGGUGAUAAUUCCAGCGGAACAAAAGUUGUGAAAGUCUCUUGAUUAUCUCUAUCUAAACAAACACUUUCUUCUCAUCAGAGUUCUAAGUACUAUACAGGAGAUAUGUCCCCAGGAAUGAAAUUUCAAAAAUCAAGACACUCAAAAAUAAGCUCUUCACUCUUAAAUCAAUUUUUUAAAGAUAAGAAGAGGAUGUCUAAUAGCUGAGAGAAAGCUGAGAUAAGUUCAAACCCAUUUGUAGUUAAAAACAGGUCUAUUAAAAACAAAGAAAAUAAUGCUUUGAAUGUUCAGAAUUCUUUUAAUAUGACUCCUAAUCUAAGCAACCGACAGAAAGAGUUUGGAGAAGUCUCUUCUCGUAAAAUCCUCAAAGCCAAAACUAAUGUACAAGAUUAUAAAGAGAAGAGUGACAGCAGUGAUGAGAGUCUUGAGAUGGUUGCAUUUGAGCAUGAUUCCACUGAGAAGCCUAUUAGACCAGACAUUGAUGGCUCUGAAAACAUCCAAGAGCGGCAUUCUGAUCUAUACUCUACUCAUAACGUCUCGAGGAGAGUACCGAGAAUAAGCACUUUUAUUGAGAAAGGAGCUACUAAUUCUAAAAGAUUCGAAACAGACUUCUCAAUGUCAGUCUGAGAGCCAUAUAUUAAAACUGAAAACUCAUUAGUAACUAAUGAUUUUGGAGGCAUAAUAAAGAGAAGAGGAAGGCAAAGGUCUCAAUUUGAAAAAGGAGAUAUAUGAAUAAAAAAUUAUUUCACUCAAUGAGAUAAGGAAAAUUUUGAGCCACAAACGACUUACCAAACUCUUAAUAACAGCUUAAACAGUAUUAAUUUUGGCCCUAAAGCGCUUACCAAGGUACUUUUCCUCCUCACUCCUAGAAACCUAAUCAGAAGAAACUUGUAUAUUUCCCACAGGGCUUUAAAAACCCCCAGAAAUCAUCCAAAAAUCCAUUCAGCUUAUCCCACAUGGCCACUUCCUCCCAUGAACAAACCGUAAGCUGCAUCAAAAAGCUUCUAUCCAACCAAGAACCCCGCCAAAAACCACCAGGAGGGUUACGCAACUACACUACAACAGUCCACAACGAGUGCAUGCCAAAU